CUGCUUUACGGCUGCCUCUCCCGGACUGGAGCCCGGGAGCGCCCACCGCCGUCAGCCCUGUCUCUACGAGUCGGCCCGGCGGAGAUUGAGAGACCCGGCGCGCCGCUGCCCUCCCCGCCGCGCCCGUUCCAGCCCUCGGCGAUGUGAGCUCGAGGAGGCUGCGGUGCCCCCCGGCCCGGGGUUGAGACGGGCGGCAGGUGCCUGUGAGACGGGCGGGUGCUGGGGGCCUGCACGAUGGAGGAAAGCAUGGAAGAGGAGGAGGGGGGCAGCUACGAGGCGAUGAUGGACGACCAGAACCACAACAACUGGGAGGCCGCCGUGGACGGCUUCCGGCAGCCCCCCCCACCCCCUCCGCCCCCCUCUUCGAUCCCAGCCCCUGCCCGAGAGCCUCCGGGGGGUCAGCUGCUGGCGAUGCCUGCGGUCUCCGUGGACAGGAAAGGCCCCAAGGAGGGGCUCCCGAUGGGGCCGCCGCCACCGCCGGAGCCGAAUGGGGUGAUCAUGAUGUUGAAAAGCUGCGACGCGGCUGCCGCCGUGGCCAAGGCGGCCCCCGCCGCCACCCCCAGUUCCAGCAUCAACAUCAACACCUCCACCUCCAAGUUCUUAAUGAAUGUUAUAACUAUUGAAGAUUAUAAGAGCACAUACUGGCCAAAAUUGGAUGGUGCCAUAGAUCAGCUUUUAACUCAGAGUCCUGGUGACUAUAUCCCCAUAUCCUAUGAACAGAUAUACAGUUGUGUGUAUAAAUGUGUAUGCCAGCAGCACUCGGAACAGAUGUAUAGUGAUCUGAUUAAAAAGAUAACUAAUCACUUAGAAAGAGUCUCAAAGGAGCUGCAGGCCAGCCCUCCAGAUCUCUAUAUUGAAAGAUUUAAUAUAGCUCUUGGACAGUAUAUGGGAGCAUUGCAGAGUAUUGUGCCUCUUUUCAUAUAUAUGAAUAAGUUUUACAUCGAAACCAAGCUUAACAGAGACUUAAAAGAUGACCUUAUAAAGCUGUUUACGGAACAUGUUGCAGAAAAGCACAUUUACAGCCUAAUGCCUUUACUUUUAGAAGCCCAGUCAACACCAUUUCAGGUCACACCUUCAACUAUGGCAAAUAUUGUGAAAGGCCUGUACACUCUCAGACCAGAGUGGGUUCAGAUGGCUCCGACUCUGUUUUCUAAAUUUAUUCCAAACAUUCUCCCUCGUGCGGUGGAGUCUGAACUUUCUGAAUAUGCUGCUCAAGAUCAGAAACUUCAAAGAGAACUUAUACAGAAUGGUUUUACAAGAGGUGACCAGUCCCGGAAGAGAGCUGGGGAUGAGUUGGCUUAUAACAGCUCAUCAGCAUGUGCAAGUUCCAGAGGGUACAGAUAGUGAAUGUAUUGAAUGUACUUUCCUUCCUGAAAAGAGGACACACUGGAGCUGCAGAGACAGUAUUCAGAGCACAGCGGGGUCCUGCA